CGAAAUUCGAAAGCACUUCCGAUAUCAACAAGGAGAGAAGGACGACAAAGUUCAAUAAGAAUUGAAAAUGCCUCCGUUACCCAAAGUCAAAGAUAAGCAGGAGAAUCAACACAUUCAAGUUGCUGUGAGACUAAGACCAAUUAACAGCUCAGAGAGGAAGCAAGGGUCAUACUCUGUAGCAGAUGCUAGUAGUGAAAAAAGGGAAGUGACCGUGAAGGAAAGACUUGGAAUUAAUCCAACAACAAAGACAUUUUCCUUCGACCAUGUUUUCACACAGGAUUCCAAACAGCAGCAAGUCUACAAGACAGUGGUCAGUCCUAUCAUCGCAGAGGUCCUUAGUGGAUAUAACUGCACUAUAUUUGCGUAUGGACAGACAGGUACUGGUAAAACAUUUACAAUGGAAGGUGAGAGGUCAGAGAACUCUGAGCUGACAUGGGAGCAGGACCCUCUCACAGGAAUUAUACCUAGAGCUUUAGCUAAUAUAUUUGAUACUCUCCAGUCACAGGAAUGUGAGUUCUCCGUGCGGGUCUCCUUUCUCGAGUUAUAUAAUGAAGAGUUGUUUGAUCUGCUAGGCUCCUCAGUGGAUCCAUUACGUCUCAAGAUAUAUGAGGACACCAGCAGAAAGGGUUCUGUUAUAAUACAAGGUCUGGAAGAAAUAGUGGUCAAGAGUAAAGAUGAAGUUUAUGAGAUCUUGGAGCGCGGAGCAUCCCGACGUCAGACAGCUGCUACACUCAUGAAUGCCUUCUCAAGUCGGUCUCACUCUGUAUUUACUGUCACAAUUCACACAAAGGAAAACACAAUAGAUGGUGAGGAGCUGCUGAAGACGGGAAAACUGCACCUGGUUGAUUUAGCAGGUAGUGAAAACAUUGGGCGAUCUGGAGCAGUAGACAAGAGGGCUCGGGAAGCCGGGAAUAUAAACCAGAGCUUACUCACCCUUGGACGUGUCAUAACUGCCCUUGUUGAACAUGCCCCUCAUAUUCCAUAUAGGGAGAGCAAGCUGACGAGGAUACUACAGGAUUCUCUCGGUGGUCGAACAAAAACAUCCAUCAUAGCUACAAUCUCUCCAGCUUCCAUCAAUUUAGAGGAAACGCUGAGCACCCUGGAUUAUGCACAUCGAGCAAAGAACAUUACAAACAGACCAGAAGUUAAUCAGAAGUUGACAAAGAAGGCGCUUAUCAAGGAGUAUAAUGAUGAAAUUGACAAGUUGAGACGAGAUCUCCAGGCAGCCAGGGAAAAGAAUGGAUUCUUUAUAGCAGAAGAAAAUUACAACAAUAUGCAGAUGAAAAUUACAGCCCAGGAUGAUCUGAUUGUUGAACUGAAUGAUCGCAUAGAGGCCAUAACUGAUGAACUAGCAAAGGUUCAGGAUUUAUUCAGUGAAACCCAGCAAGAGUUACAAGUGAAGACAGAGCGACUGGCAGUAACCACAGACAAACUGGUGAAAACAAAGACAAACCUUCGAGAAACAAAAGUCACACUCAGACACACAGAACAAGAUAGAAACGAACAGAAGUUCCUUGUCUCGGAGCACCAAAAGAAUGAAACACAACUCUAUGAAAAUGCAACAUCUUUGUUGCAUACAGUAGAUGAGUCAACCUCAGAUGUUGUGGGACUUCAUGAAAAAUUAGAUCGUAUGAAGACAGUAGAACAGCAUAACAAAAGGACAGUAGAGUCUUACGAGGAAUGUUUCAACACGGGUUUAGGACAGAUGGAGCAAGAUGGAGAAAGCUAUCUAAAACAACAGCAGGACAGUCAUCAAACUUACACCACACAUAUAACCUGCAAAGUACAGAGAAACAAAGAGUUUACAGACACAACAACAACUCACAUGAGAGAUUUUCAGUCGUGCUUAAAGCAGCAACUAGAUGAGUUAUCACAGCAUCAUAAACAGUGGACACAGCAACAGACAUCCUGGGUCAAUGGGAUCAGUAGUGCAGCAACCUCCUUCAAGGAUAAAACAGUAAACAAGAUAGAAGAGAUCAGAAAUUUAGUGGAAUCUGGAUUUACCAGUUUAUUGGAGGAGAUGGGAAGUAUAAGCACCUCACUAGAUGAAGUUAACCAAUUGUUAGAAACACAGGGCAAAGAACAAGUUGAAAUUUUAAAGACACAGUCAAGCCAGUGUUCGAGCAGUCUGCAGGAGUUAGGGGACAUGUAUGAAACACACACAGCUGAGCAGACAGAAAGCAUUGAAAAACUACAGAAUCAGGUCACUUCUCUGAAGGAUGAAUAUAAUUCAAGAAAACAGGAAAUAGACAAAAUCAAAGCCAGACUUGCUCAGAUGGAGGAAGAAAAUCACAAUGUAGUCUCAGAAAUAGAAAAAAUUGCAAUGUCAGAGACAGAAGACUUGAAGACCAAGGUUAAAACCACAUGCACCAAAACUGGUGAAAAGAGGAAACAUAUAGAUAUAGAGAACCAGUCAAGUCUGGAGGAAUUUUUCAGCAUCCAAGAAAAACAAUGCAGAUAUUCACAAGAACAAAUUCAGAAUAUUAAGAAAUCAUCUCAAAAUGUUCAGAAAGAAUGUACUGAGAUGAAAAAGUCAAUAAGCAAUUGUAACAAUGAGGCUACAGAUAUAACAACACAGUACCAUGAGUGUACCACAACAGCCUGUACUCAACAAGUCACAGACAUUAACACAGAGCUAAAUACACAUUACAAACAUACUGAUAGUUUACAGUCCACCUGUCAGACACAGUGUGAUCGACUGGUGGAUACUAUAGACAAACAAAAUGCUUCAGUAGACAAAGAAAUAGAAGUUGAGAAAAACUCUGCAGAAGAACAACUUGCUCUAACUACAAGUUAUGUAGAGAGCCAGCGGUCUAAACUAGAGGAGCAUAAACAAGAAAUGAGACGUUAUAUUAAGGAAGAGAUGAGUGAAUGUGUACCCACAGGUGCAACACCACAGCGUCGUGAGUUCCAUAUCCAACGUAACUUGAAGAGAACAAGUGACCAUGGCACGUUGUUGGAUAGGUUCCGCGUAGACAACAUGAUCAACAUUGAGGAAGAAAUAGACUCUGAUCUUGAACAGGACUCACAAUGUCAGGUGCAGGUAGUUGUAGAAGCAGCGGAGGAUGACGGUCAGAUUGCUGAUAAUAAAAGUGAUCCUGGCAGCGUGAAAUCAUCAACCUCGGGUGUGUCUGGAUUGUCCAGUGUCAGUGCUGCUAGCAAGAUGUCUGAAUGCAAGGAGAAUGAUAGACAGGGCCGACCACUGGGUGCUAAGAAGAGCAAAAAGAACUUUGCCAACGUGACACCACGGGGAAGAACUCGUCUGCCACUUAGACAAAACAACAUUGAAGCAGCUGAAUAGUGAAAACAUAAAAAACAAAGUUGUUUUUCAAUUACUCAGUUCUACAAAGUAGAACUUGUUUGAUCAAUUUAUUUACUGAAAUGAAACAAUUUAAACAAAACUUAAAACAUUUAAUGUCAGAGACAGAGAAAGGUCAGACCUGCUAGUCACAGUGAAUGAAUAUGAGCAUCUUUUGAAUGAAAGUUUCUUUGUAAAGCCAGAUUUGUUGGUUUAGUGCUUAUUUCUUGUUUGAAUACUGUUUAUGUAUGAAAUAUAUGCACAAUACAGACAUAAGUUUAAACCAGACUAGUUUGACUUGGUGCUGUUUAAUGAAUAAAUGCUCUGUAGUAGCCAUUUUAUAUGGUUUUUAUACUAUCACUGAUUUUAUUCUGACUUGUAAACCUGUCUUAUAUAUUCACCCAUUAUUACAUUCUUAAACGUACAUUGUAUAUUGAAUGAGUAUUGUUGUAUAUGAAUGUGUCAGGCUAUUUAAACUUGUUUGUAUAUAGAAGUAAAUUUUAAUUUUGUUUUAUGGUGUGGAUGGUAGUUUGACUGCUGAAGACCAUUGUUCCCCAAUAUAUCUUUAAGAUAUUAUCCAAAGAACGAACUUUGUUAAUUAAUGCUUAUUUACAAUGCCCCUAUUGAAAGCCCUGAAGCAUAUACUCUUCAAAAGCAAUAUUUUGACCACAGCAAAUUGGUUAAUCACGUAGCUGUAAAAUUUGUUUAGAUUGUUUCACUGAUAACUUCUCUUUUCUGCAUUUCUUCUCCCUUUCAUUCACUGCAUUUUCUCUACUGUGCUUUUCUUUCUGUCUGUUUGCAACUUGCCAGUCUUGUAUGUACCUAUGUGUUAGUUAGUAAAUGAAUGUAGGGUUAUACGUUCUCAUUUAGUGAAUGUAGUGUGGACAUAUACAGAAUUACACAGAAAUUGAUUGAAAUACAAAGCAAACAUUUGUAACUGACCAGGUUCUGUGUUGAUCCAAUGAUGAAGUCACCUGACACAUGCCAUCAUUUAAACUCUUUAAAUCUUUUUACACAGCUAGUUUCCCAGUGAUGUAAAAGAUGUCACUGAAAGACUUUUCAAAUAGUCCGAGCUAUUGUACUCAUCGUGGCGUCAGUAUCACACCUUGGUUAAAGUUUUAUUUGCAAGUACUAUAACUGUCAUUCAAAGGCAUAUAGCUUUGAAACUUAUUUUUUUCUUUCUCUAGGUCAAUUACCGACUGCACUGAGUCAAGUCCCAUAACUGACAUGUAUUUUUGGCAAAAGUAUGUCCCAUUUUGGACAUAGAAAAUCCUGGUUAAAAUUUUACAAUGUGUCAUGCAAGACUAUUGCAGAUAUUGAAUUGAAACUUCACAUGUGUCUUUGGGUUAUAAAACUAUGUGAUAGCAUCAAGUUCUACUUGCAUUUUGGCUAAGUUAUGACCCCAUUUGGACUAAUAUUUUCUAUCUCCCUAGAUUUUUAUUUUCUGUAUGCUUUUAGCCAUAAACUGUUAAAAUAAUAUUUUUAUUAUUAUGAAUACAAAUGCGAAAAUAGAGCAUGUAAAGAUGUU